AUGGCAUCCAUUCCAGAACAACAAUUUGACGUUCUAAUCGUCGGCGCCGGUUUCGGUGGGAUAUGCCAGGCGUACAGCCUGCGGAACAUGGGCCUGUCUAUCAAGCUUAUUGACUCCCUCCCGGAUGUGGGAGGUACUUGGCUGACCAACAUCUAUCCUGGAGCCUUGAGCGACACGGAGAGCUUUGUAUAUCGUUUCUUUUGGGAUCAGGAAGACCACAAAUCUCAUCCGUGGAAUCGGCGAUAUCUUCGGCAACCUGAGAUCUUGGCCUAUCUCAAUCGCAUCGUCGCCAAACACGAUCUACGCAAGUACAUGCAAUUUAACACGGAAAUGUUGUCAGCUAGGUGGGAUCAGGCCACUAGCACUUGGGAGAUCAGGACAAACACCAACGAAAUGUUUCGGGUUCGCUAUUUCAUUCCUGCCUUGGGGGUCUUGUCCAAAGUCUACCUGCCUGAUAUCCCAGGGGUUUCAACCUUUAAGGGGUGUUUUACGCACUCGUCCAGUUGGCCGAAGGAUCUGGACGUGAAAAAUAAACGUAUUGGAGUAAUUGGUUGUGGUGCGAGCGGAGUCCAGAUUAUUACCAAUACUGCUCCUGUUGUUCGAUCUUUGACAGCGUUUAUUCGGCACCCGCAGUUUACGGUGCCCAACAAUGACAGACAACUUUCGCCAACUCACAUGAAAUGGCUGGAUGAGAACUACGACCGUAUCCGGGAACAGGUCAACAGCUCCUUUUCCGGAUUCGGUUUUGUCGAGUCCAACCGGCCUUUCUUUUCCCUCCCUCCUGAACGGCGUCAGGAACUACUGGAAGAUCAGUGGAACCAUGGUAACGGGAUGCAUUUUCUCAUGGAGAGCUUUAAUGACGUUGUGACGAACGAAAAAGCCAACGAAGAGGUCUGCGAUUUCCUCCGCAAUAAGAUUCGUCACAUUGUCAAAGACCCGGAGAAGGCGCGUAAACUUGUUCCUGAUGAGCUCUUUGCGCGUCGACCCGUGUCGAACGACGGAUACUAUGAGACCUUUAACCGCAAGAAUGUGUCUAUUGUAGACCUAAAAGAGCACCCCAUCAAGGCGAUCACUCCUGACGGUAUCCUGACUGCAGACGGCAUGGUUCACGAAUUGGACGUUGUAGUUUUCGCCACUGGGUUUGAUGCCGUUGAAGGCAAUAUUAUGCGCGUCAACAUCACCGGUCGCGAUGCCACGGUCCUCAAAGACGAAUGGGCUACAGGGCCCAAGGCGUAUCUGGGCACUUUCGUCCCUGGCUUUCCAAACAUGUUUAUUGUCAACGGCCCGCAGUCGGCUUUUGGGAAUGUUCCGCAAACGAUUCAAGCUAGUGUCGACCUUAACACCAGUGCUAUUCAGCGUGCAGAAGCUGCCAGGCGUGAUUCUGGUUCCAAAGGUAUUGUUGAGGCUACUCCUGCCGCACAGGACGCAUGGGACCGCCUCUGCCUGCAUCACGCUGAAGGGAGCCUUUUCAGUAAAUCCAAGUAUUCCUGGUUUAACGGAGGCAAUAUUCCCGGUAAGCCAAACAGCGUCCGGGCUUAUCUCAACGGGCUCGGGAGUUUUAGAGCCGUGUGGAACAGGGCCGUGAACGAGACAUGGGAAGGCUUUAACCCGCUUUGA